UUCCGAACGCAGCCCAAGCAAGAUAAAUUUAAGCAAUUAACGAGUGUGUUAACGGUUAGAAUAAUUUGAAUGAAAAACACAAAAGAAUCAUAAAUUUUGUUCAACAGUGAUGUAAAAAUUACAAAUUAAAGGAAAUAUAGAAUUAUACUGUGAAAAUGGCUGAAGAGAAUAAAAAGAUUUCUUUUGGCUUUGCGAAGUCUAUAAAGAAGUCGACGUUAGUGAAGCAGAUGCCACAGGAGGAGAAAAAGGUGGAUUAUAUCGAUUGCGUUGAUGAAAAAGCUAUUAAAGUAAUCGGAGAAGAAGAAAAAAAAGAGGAACCACUUGUUAUCCCACUCUUGGGACCUAAGACUUGGCAUGAUAGAAUUGUUAAUAAAAUAGAUGCUGAUAUAUUUGAAUCCAAAGUAGCAAAUAAGAAUGAUGUACAAGCUGUUAAGAUCAAAGAAGAACCAAAAGAAGUAUCUAAUGGAGACUUAACAUUAGUUAAUAACAGUGUUUCAAAUGUACAAAUAAAAACAGAGCCACCUGGUGAAAGUAAAACCCUUACUUUAGAAGAACAGGCGGCUAAAGAAAUUAUAGAAGAUCUCGAAUCAUCAGAAAAAAAGGACGAUAAAUUGAGCAAUUUAACUUUACCUUUGGCAGAAGGACAGAAUUUAAGUAAUGUUGACGAAAGUACAUUAGAGAAUUACGAAGAAAUUCCAGUAAGUGCUUUUGGUCUAGCUUUAUUACGUGGAAUGGGAUGGGAACCUGGUAAAGGGAUCGGUAAAAAUGAAAAAGUCGUACAAAGUGUUAUACCUAAAUUACGUCCAAAAGGAAUGGGACUUGGUGCAGAUAAAGUAGCAUUGCAGAAACAAAAUGGAAAACCCCAAAAGGAAGAGGAGGAACUGCGAAUAGAGAAGGGAAGUUUCAUAAAAAUCAUUGUCGGCAAGCAAUCUAAUACAUAUGGCCAAAUAGAAGGCUUUGAAGAUGAAGGAAGAUUAAUAAUAAAAAUGGCUUUAGGAGGAAAUACGUUCUCUGUGAACGAGGGCACUGUUCGAGUAGUGACAAGAGCAGAAUAUUUAAAAAAUUCCAAAGUUCUAACGCUGCGUUUGGCUUUGGUACAACUGGCGGUCGGUGACGACAAGGCAGCAAACGUCGCGCGAGCUGUUUCAUUCAUUGAACGCGCUAAGCAGGAACACGCUGACAUCGUUACGCUGCCCGAAUGCUUCAACUCGCCGUAUGGAACAUCCCACUUCGCGAAAUACGCUGAGAAUAUUCCCAACGGCGAGACGAGCGCGGCUUUGUCCGAAGUGGCGAGGAGGAACAGCAUUUACGUGAUCGCCGGAACAAUACCGGAGCGGGAGGAUGACAAGUUGUACAACACUUGCACCGUAUGGGCACCCGAUGGAAAACUCAUGGUUAAGUAUAGAAAGAUGCAUUUGUUCGACAUCGACAUUAAAGGAAAAAUCACUUUCCGAGAGAGCGACUCGCUAUCGCCCGGGAAUUCCUUGACAACCUUUGAGGUAAAAGGUUGCAAAAUUGGCAUCGGUAUUUGCUACGACAUCAGGUUCGAGGAAAUGGCGCGACUUUAUAGAAACAGAGGCUGCCAGAUGUUGAUCUACCCCGGGGCAUUUAAUAUGACCACUGGCCCGCUGCAUUGGUCGUUACUGCAGCGUUCCAGAGCAAACGACAAUCAAUUAUACGUAGCCUGCGUUUCGCCGGCACGUGGCUUACCGCCCGGGUACGUCGCUUGGGGGCAUACUCAGUUAACCAACCCUUGGGGAGAAAUACUCAACGAACUGGGCGACUCCGAGGACAUGGUGGUAGCUGACAUAGAUCUGAAAGUCGUGGAUGAGGUCAGGUCACAAAUUCCGACGUUCGGUCAACGUCGUACGGAUCUAUACGACACCGUUUGGAAGAAGGAUUAGGGAGAUGUAACGUGUGACAACGCUCGCGUCGUGUCAUUAAGCAAUUUUGCACGGCGUCGAGCUAUCGGGUGCUUUAAAUUUCACGCUCGGAUACUCCGUCAAUAAACUUCUCACGCCUACGUCACACAUUACACACAGAUAUACACAUAUAUACAUUCUGUGGGGGCACGGGCAAACAUGUUUAUAUGUAAGUAUAAUCACUGGUGGCAGAAUCAUGUGAAUAAACUUUAUUGCUCUGUAACAUUCUUCGUGGUAUACCAAUUCUUACUUUCGCCUUAUCAUUAUGUAUCCUUAUACUAUCGAUUAAUCUACGAAAGACGUCGGGUACGACGUGGCGAUCUUGUCAAUCGAGGAAUCAAGGGAAGAUUAAAACCUUAUCGUGUUUAUUAAUAUUCUGGAUGUCGUUUGAAAUAGAUUUUUUUAAUUGUAAUCUCGUAAUUUUUUAUGAAUUCCGAACGAUCGUUCUCAUCAUACAUAAAAGGCCCCUUGAUCAUUAAACGAUAUAAUUACGAUCGAGAGUAAUUACGUAUUGUAGCAAUAUUAAAGCUAUCGUCUAGGUAUUUAUUUUGAAGUAGGUUAUAUUAUAUAUAUAUAUAAUAUUUUCCUUUCUUUGUAAACGUUAGUUUAAAAUGUAAGCUUAGAGAAAUUGGUCGAUUAAUAAAUUCAAUGUUCUCUCCGCCGGGCUGGGUCGAAUAGAGAGGAAAGAGGAGAAGAAAAGUACAAUGGUGAGACGCGAAAGGAAAACGCGUGAUCACGCAUUUUCCACCAGCCGACAAGGAUAUCACUUCUUCUUGUCGAGAUGGGAUGAUUAAAUUCGCCAAAUAAAUUCGCUCCGAAUCGUGACUUGAGAUACCUGUCCCAAAUACAGUCUCUCCAAGCUUCAAACAUCUUUUCGUUCUUUUACAGGGGGAAAAUAUUCAGGAAACUUAUGUAUAUUCUCGAUGUAGAGAGAGAGAGAGAGAGAGAGAGAGAGAAGAAAG